CAGCCCUUUACAUUCACGCACCGCGAUGCUUCUUCUCCCUGGCGUGAGCAAACAUCCCAGGUUGUACCUUUAUAUAUCACCUCCCUGCCUCGCCGCCUCCUGCAAGCGCCGCACCGCCUGAGUCACGUCCACGCGGCCAAUUGAGUGGCUCGUUGGAGCCCCUAAGCCGGCCGCCCAAUGGCAGCGUGCGAUGGUGGAGCAGCGGGGCUGGCAGGAAGGAGACUGCUGCUGUAUUGGAGAGCCGGGAAUCACUCAGGCCGGACCCGGGGCUACUGACUAGAGGAAGGGGGUGGUGGGGGGGAUCGUGAAGUGAAACACAUGCGAAUUAUUCCAGUGCACCGAGGACUGGGAACGUAUGGUGGCUGUCCGGCUGGCCGCGCAGGAAUGAGUUCAUAGCGAAGGGGCAGCGAUCAGUGUGGCGCCGGUCUCCCUGACGGCGUCCUGCUAGUUUCAAGGACUUGGGUUAUUUAUUUUAAGGGACUAUCCGGUUAGAAGACAGCCGGACGCUCUGCGGAGAUUUCCCAGGUGAUUGGCAGAGAUCCACAGAUGUGUGACGGCUCAGAGACCACGUACCUUCACUCUGCGGAUAUCUGAAUUCCGGGAGAGCAGGGCAGCGGGAGGCGGGCUCUGAAGAUGAUGCUGGGGUCUGAGCGAGGGGUGGUGGAGGAGUGGCUUUCGGAGUUCAAGACGCUGCCCGAAACGCAGAUCCCCAGCUACGCCGGCAGCCUGCACUUGAAGAAGGCUCUGGUUCCAGCUCUUUACCGAGUCAUCCAGGACCCCAACAACGAGGUGCGAGGUUCCCCCUGCCUCCCUGUCCGGCAGCCUGGCUGUUGGACCACUGUGCCCGUGAAGGUCAGACACACACAGGCCUGCUCCUGGAGCCCCGUCUGCCACCAGCUCUUCGAGCUCUACCGCAGCUCAGACGAGCGCCUCCGCCGAUUCACUCUGCAGUUCCUGCCCGAGCUGGUAUGGGUGUACCUGCGUGCCACUGCCACCAGGGACCGCCACAGCAAUGGCUGCAUCGAGGCCCUGCUCCUAGGCAUAUACAACCUGGAGAUUGUGGAUAAGGAGGGAAAUAGCAAACUGCUGUCCUUCACGAUUCCAUCCCUCUCCAAGCCGCGAUAUACCACGAGGCCGUCCAGUUUGGGCUCCAUAGCACUGACAGAGGGAGCGCUCAGCCACCACGACCUCAUCAGGGUGGUGUACAGCGGCCUGCACCCCCAGCGUGAGACCUUCACUGCCCAGAACAGGUUUGAGGUGCUGGCAUUUCUCAUGCUGUGCUACAACUCUGCUGUGGUCUACAUGCCAUCCUCCUCGUACCAGUCCGUUUGCAGGAUGAGCUCACGGUUGUGCGUGUGUGGGUUUCCAAGGCAACGGCAGAAGCUGUGGAGGGAACCGUGUGGCCGAGUAGUUCUGGACCCCGAGUUCAUGGUGCAGAUGCUUACCGCCGUCUAUCACGCUAUAUAUAAUGGAGAGUGGGAUCUGGGAAAGGAGGCCCUGGAUGACAUCCUGUACCGCGCUCAGCUGGAGCUCUACUCCCAGCCGCUGCUGGUGGCCAACGCGAUGAAGAGCUCGCUACCUGCCACCCCCGCGCCAGAUGGCUCACGCGGCCGCAAGAUCCUACAGGUGGAGGUGACACCCACCAUCAGCCGGAUCUCCCGCUCGGCUGUGACAGCGGCAUCUAUCCGGCGCCACCGCUGGAAGAGAGAGGAUGCGGAUGGAAUAAGCGGCGGUGAGGAGUCCUUCACCCUGAACGACCCAGACGAGGGAUUCUCCUCCGGCGCGUCCAAUAGCAGCCAGCCCAGUGGGACCAAGCUGAGCGGCGAGGGCGGGGCCACCCGCAGCAGCAGCCUGAAGAAGGGCGUCACGGGAUGGCUGUCCCGAGAGCGGGACAAGGAGCCGGGUCAGACGCGGCACAGGGACUCCUCCGCCGACUCGCAGGUGGUGCUGAGGAGACAUCAGCGGCGAACGUCACCUCCACCCGCCAUCACGCUGGGCGCCAUCGAGCUGAGCCCAGUGCGGAAGCACCUGAGCUACCCCGCCUCGCAGGCAUUGGUGCGGACCGCCAGCGCUUCCUCCAGCCGCUCCUUCGACUGCACGGACGUGAGCUUGAAUGGGGGCCGGCGUGGCGUGGUGGGGGCGGGGCUGGAGGCGGGGUUGCUGGGCGGCACCCAGGCGGGACUCUCUGCCGGCGGUGGCCAUCAUUUUUCCACCAGCAGUCUGCAGGAGGAGCACCUGGCCAGGCCUGGGGAUGUCCAGAACCUUCUGUCCCCGGGGGCUCCGCUCACCAAGCAGUCUCGCUCGCCCAGCUUCAACAUGCAGAUCAUUUCGCAGGUUUAGCAGGGUGGGGGCGGAGCUGGGGCCAGGAGGAGGGGCCAGGGGGAGGGGCUAUGCUCCGGUCCUCCCUUUCCUCCUACUCCUCCUGCUCCUACUCUCCCUUUUGCUCCUCCUGUUCCUCUGCUCUUCCUUGCCCUGUGGUGCCCAAGAUCAGACCCACUCCACCUGCAGAAACUGAGCAGACAGCAAGAUGGGGAGUGGAACUGACGGCUCCCUCUUGUGGGGGAGGACAUGUGUCCGGCGACGAAGCCCAGGGAUGCCCUGUGAUCUACAGAUGUCUUUCCUCUGUAUAUCUUGGGGCUGUGGAGGAUGGGGCACAAGCCCUGUGCAGGAAGUGAGUCACCUGGCGCAGAGCGCCCCCUAUGGCCAGGAAACCAUCACUACCCAACAUCCUCUCUUUCUGACCAAAUGGAGCAUUUUGUGUAAUUACUGUUUUUUUUUUUGUUUUAUUUUAAUUUAUUUUAUGGGGUUUUCUUGGGAGGGGGAGUAUAGGGGCAGGGUAUGAUGAAAACCACAGACAGGUGGUUUGACAGAACAGAAUCUGACAGCUUCAUUCAGUGAGUUAAGGGAGCUGAGGAUGCUGUUAAUCACGGGAAAACAUAAAUAUUACUGGAAUUGAUGUUUUUGAUUUGAUUUUUCUCAAGACUUGUGAUCUAUAUUUUGUAUUCAGUCAGCAAUAAGCUUACUGUCGUACAUUUGGGAAAGAGAAGAUCACUGUAGUUUUCAUGCCUUCCCUGUUUCUCCUAGGGUGAUGUGCAAUCUACAAUCUGAAUUUUAUUUUUAAUUCAGUGUAAUUUAUAUGGUACCCUUUUAUUGUCCUGUUCAAGACUUGCAUCCCAAAGACAAUGCUAUGAAUGUUCCUAGUCUUGAAUCUGUUGCUGUAACAGAAAACUCGGACCAAGGGAGAUACACUGGUUUUUUGUUUCUCAGCGCAAACUUGAUUUAUUUUUCGUAAUUUAUAUGAUCCAUGCAUAGUCCUCUAAUGUAUAUGAGAUUUUAUUUUACUAAACAGAAAUCUGCUGACUGUAAUUCAAAGAGAACGACGCAAAUCGAGGAUGGAGGCUGGAGUUUUGCCUGCCGGAAGAUUCCGGGGUUGCACGAUGUUUUUGACCCGAAGCGGAUCUGCAAGGAGGAGGAGAGGGAUCUUGCGGGAUCCUCAUGUUUUUGCCAGUGGUGCACUUGUGGGAAAAUAUGGUAGGGAAAAUUAUGUAACAAAGCCACAGGUCCCGGAUUUCACCGAGAUGCUGCUGACUGAGGGAGAGACGGGCACAGCUGAGGAGUCUUCUAUGAAUUGCACCUAAGAGACUGUUAGUAGCCAAAUGUGUGUAUGUGAGAGCGAGCGAGAGAGAGGAUGUUGGUGUUUGUUCGAAACGUUGCGGUGUUUAGAGGCAGUGGAGAUUAUACUCGACAGUCGGAGGAACUUUUUCUGCCUCGCUAGUUUUGGUGUGCUCACCAAAUACCUGACACCCACAAUACGCUCACCCCCCACCCCCUACGACAUGCUGUAUAUCCCGAGUGUUUGUCCACCUUUUGUCUCGUGGUUUUAUUCUUGAGACGCUGCCGUUUUAAUAGCGUGUCGCAAUAGAAAACACUGCAAGGUGGCCAACAGUUAUUCCCAAUGAUUAGCUAUAAGUGUGAGCUGAAUUGCUGUUUUUUUUUUUUAAAUGUAUUUUUUCUUGCCCUUGCUGGACACCGAGCAGCAGGCCAGCAGAACCACGACCUCCGAAGCGCGUUCAGGCUGUCACUGUGCUCGCUUGUUGUCGUCUGCUGCUGUUGUAGUCCUUGCUAAAUGCCAAGGAAGUGCAGUCUUGACACACAUUUCGCUCUCACCUGCUAACGUGGCAUUUCGAGAGGAAAAUGCUUUUGCUAAAUCUGUAAGAAGUCUGGCCAAGUGCAGGCAGAUAGUAUAUGUAGGAUGUGGAGUUCAGGCUGAUCUCGUUAUCUGCGAUCUGGCCUUUCCGUGCUGUCAAGGCAGCGUUUAUACUUCAGCAGUGAGAUGAUCUUUUGGUUCCGCUUUUGCCUGUUUGGUCCAUUUUGAUCUUUCCCACAGACCUGAGCAGACACCUAGAAAAGGGCCACUUUCUUACGUCCAUCUUGGUUCGCUUUGAAGCUGAACGUGCUUCAGAGUAUCACGCUUGUCAGGGUGGGUCCUCCAGUGUCGUCGUUCACUCUCUCCCCCAUCAGGUGGCAUAACUGAUAAAUGAAAACAGCCUAAAUUCCCAUUGGUGUGGUUGCCCCCUGUAGGACAAGUAGAGCUCUACAGCCUGUGAAUACUGUCCUGGUAGGUUGCCCUUUGCUGACUGACGUGCUGAUAUGGUAUCCUCUUGAGAGAAACUUGAAUCUUUACCUUCUUAAGAUAUACUGCAAUGUGUUUGAUAUGUUUUUGUCUGGCUGUGUACGUACACUAACGUCUAAGUGGUGCUUUAUGACAUAUUACCGUCCUGUAUUUCUGUGUUAUGCCUGUCUGUCUGCAAGAAAGCUUAGCACUAACAUUUCCCAUAGUCCCAUUUUCCUGAUCACGGGUGUUAAGAUUCCACACUCGCAGUCUUGUUAGGUCUGUGUUUCAUUUAUUGCUGAUUUAGUUAUGUGUGGGAGAAAGGAGUGGAUGUGACUACAGUCGGAAGAUGUGUCCUCAAACUUCAAUAUUGCUGGACGUUCUCAUUGACAUAUUGUUGAAUAACACAAAACCUCACAGUAAUCGCGGUUCCUCCUAUAAUUCCUGUUUGUGGACUUUUUGGUGUCCAUGUUUAAUAAUGGUUGUAUCCCUAAAUGGACUUUGACAGGGGCGUAGAGGAAAACAUGAUUUAUUUAUUUUUUCUGGUGAGAUAUGGAACAAAGGGAGUCUCUCUCACACACUGCUGAGGCUUAAAUGUGGCUGCUGUCAGACGCUCCCUUCUCCUGCAUGUGGUUACAUAGACCGACAAGUGUUUCCCAAUCAAGUCCGUGGAGACCCAGAGCCGGUCCACAUUUUUACUCCCUCCCAGCUUCCUGCCAGACAUGUUUUUUGCUACAGGGAGCUGGGAGGGAGCAAAAAAUGUGGACAGUUUGCGGGUCUCAGAGGACCGGAUUGGGAAACACUGCUGAGUAGCCACAUCAUCCUGUCCAAAACAUCACGCCUGUCUGGCCUCCUUGUUGGGAUCAUCAUUUUAACAGACCCAUUGCGGAGGCUUCCCCUUCCAGUGACCCUGUUUGUUGGGAGUGUGAGACCAAAGCCCUCCCAGAAUGCACUUUCUCUGAUAUGGCAGUUAAAUGAUUAAUUCAGGGUUCCGUUUCCAUGUCCUUAAAACUCAAGGUCUAAUCAAUGACCAUCGCUGACAGACCAGAAACGUGGGCCGGGGUUAGAAUUCACACACACACACACAAAUAUAUAUAUAUAUUUUACAAUCAAAAAGGCUGCUUUUCUGUUUAUUUUGCUGCACAACCUCAGGGGGGAGUUAGGAAACGUAUCUGGGCUUUGUCACAGUAAAAAAAAAUCCCAGUCGAGUUUUAUUCAGAAAAUAAAACCUAUUAAUUCUAUGCAACAUUUUAAAUUAUUUACUGACUUUUCCUUUGGUGACUUUUUGAGAAUUUUGGGUCUUUGAGCUGACAUUGGCAGGCAUGCAGCUACUGUACGGGAGACGCUUCGUGUUCCGUGGACGGCUGGAGCCUCAAGAAGCCGAAAGCGGGGGGGGGUAGCGGGGGCACCUUCACAGCACUGCACUGCUGUAGCGGAAAGAGGGACAGUGUCACUUCCAUCCACCUUCCCACGGCCCAGCGCCGUUGCCCUCUUCGUCAUUGUGCGCCAACUCCCUCUUGCGAGAGGCGCGUAGCUUUCCUCGUGCUGGUGGUGAUGUCCGUCGUGAAAGACUCAAAACUACGGUGACUCCGGAGGGUCAAUCGGAGCUCAUGCAUGUAAAAGCCAUUUCCUUUGUAGCUGUUACUCCAUAAUGGUUUGAAGCCAUUGGCAUAUAAAAUGAAUAGAGUUAAUGCAUACAAUCUUAAAGAUUCUAGUGAACUUAAAAAUGUGAAACAUUGUAUCAUUGAUGUUGUAAAUGGAAUAAAAUUUAAAUCCUUGUAAAUAUGAAAAAAUGUACAAAGUGAGACAAUGAAACUUUGUCUGCAAGAGAGAUAUGUAUCGGUAAAAUGUUGAAUAAAUAUUUGUGUUUAUGGA